CCCUCGCAGGAAGCACAGUGCCGCGGCCGACCUGCCUGCCACUCUCCACUCUUUAUUUUCUACUCCCGAGUCCCGACCGAUCUGAACUGCUUCACGACCUCAAUACGACCCUGUGACCUUCAUCACCUCGAAAAUUAAUUAUAUUGAGUUAAUUAUAUAUUUACUUUAAUGUCGGGAGAUUAAAUAUACUUUGAAGAGGAUUCAUGACGCUGAAGAUAUAAAGAAGCACCGCAAGACGAAUGACGAACAUGUCUGCACCGUCUUCUAAUAUUGCAUUAGAUAAGUUGCAAUCGCUAGAGAGGGUAUUAAUACGCGAGAGGGCCGAGGGCUUCACCAACUGCAAGUACGUGGUGAUGGGAGCUGGUGAUGAGGUGCUGCUGUACGCCAAGGAGGACUCCAGCUUCCUCAACAACGUGCUGGCUGGCAGGACUCGAGCUUUCCAGAUAGACCUCUUCGAUACACACGACGAGGAAGUGAUCAAGCUGCGUCGACCGUACACUGUGGGCGCAGACAAGAUGGACGUGUGUGUGCGAGGCGCGACGGCGGCCGUUGUGCGCAAGGAGAUGACCUUCUUCAAGCCGGUGCUGACCAUCAACGACGCGCACGACCACCCCGUCAUCAGAGUCAAGGGACCCGUCUCCACCACCGCACAUUGUGAUUUUGAGCUGUUCCAGCGAGACAAGAGACGCAUCGGCGCCAUCAGCAAGCGGUGGUCGGGGAUGACGCGUGCGCCCGCCGACCUGGAGUGCUUCCUGGUGAGCUUCCCCGGCGACCUCGACGUGCGAUACAAGGCUGCUCUCAUAGGGACCUGCUUCCUCAUAGAUAUUUUAUUCUACGAGAAUUAAAACGGAGAAUGUUUUAGAUUUUCUGUUUGGCUCAACGCCAUCUAGCGUUGAGUAGCGGAACUUCUUUCACUAUUAUCCCCUUCAACCGCAAGUAUAUUUUUAACUACAUGCUUCAACACGUCUACAACUUACUACGUUUUUCUUGAAUUGCUGCAGACGCUGUGGACUGUUCGCUGUACUUUCUAGAUGGCAGUGAAACAUAACCUAAUUAUUGCUUGUUAAAAUUAAAACGCGGCUAUGAUAGGUAGGUAUAUUGUAAAAUGUAAACAAAGUCAACAUACCUACUCAUUACUUUAUAUCUCGGGCCAAUAUUAAUUAUAUUGUUGUUGUUAUUAGUGGAUUGUGUUAUGUAAUGUAUAUGUUAUUUGAGUUCAGAUUUCAUUUUGCUAUUAGUUUUGAAUAGGUACAAUAUAACACAUUAUAUUUAUGAAUGUACAUUUUAAAAUAUGUAACUGAUACUUAUUGUUGAUUUUUGUGAGCAUAAUCUUUAAAUUAUAAGGACGUAAGUAUUAUGAUUUUAUUCUGAGUUCACUGUGUUUUGUUGGUAUUUUUUUUAAAGUAUGCUGUGUACGCUUACUAAGAUUCAGAUAAUGUUACGUAAGAUGAAGAACGAAAUAGUCUUUAAUCAUAAAGUUCAGUUUCAAGUAUUCCUUGUCGGUACGGUUCUAAGGUCCGUAUACCAGACUCAUCAAUAGUCACGCACGUCAAAAAAAAAGACAACUAUGGUAUGGUAUGGUUCUAAAUGGCUACGAAUCAAUUAGAGCCGAUCUUAUUCCUAGCCAACAGAUAUGUUUGAAGCAAGAAGCAAUCAUAUAUUAUAUUGUGAACUUAUAAUGUCAUUCAUAAUAUCAAAAUCAUGGUCGUUGACACGAGACAUUCUCGCCGAGUGGUGAUAGUAAAAAUACAAUGUUUGAUACAGGGGUGACAUAAUAGAUCGCCAUUUAAACUUUAAAGAGAUGUAUAAUUGCACGGUUUUUGCUUUCGGGUACUAUUCAAAGAAAAUUGCAAAUAACAUUGGAAAAAGUGUUCUCUUUUCUCACCGUAUAAGUAAAGCAUUAAUUUAAUAAUCCAAAAAUUUAAAUUGAAAGCGUUGAAUUGUUCAAUCAUUACUUGAUGAACAAAAAAAGCUUUUACGAAUAAUUGUCCGUUGAAAAAAACACUGGUAUACAUGUGCAAUGGAGUACGUAACCAAUACGCGUACAAAUUUGGAUUCUCAAUGUCGUCACUCAUGAAUCAUGAUCGACUGAUUAAUCAUUAAACCCAUCGUACGAUCGUUGUCUGUGCUCUGUGCUAAGUUACUAUAAUAGUAAUAGUUAGGUCACUUCUGAAGAAAUCUGUAUGUCUGUAUGUAUCGCACGAUGAGAACGCAUCGUCUAAUCAUGGCUAAUUAGGACGACGCCUAAGGCCCCGUAUCCACCAAUGCGGAGAGGAGAGGAGACGAGAGGAAAAAACCGCUACCUCCGGUUAGGUGGAUACCGGGCCCAAUAGUUCGAUGUAUCGCUAUUACUGUUAUUAAAUAAUAUAAUUUU